CCUCCCAGUAAGAAUUACUUAACACUUGGUACAACCCUGAAGAAAAUAUCUCUUGAUAUCGCAACUAGCGAGCGAUACGAAGAAAUGAAGCUCUCCAACUCGGUAUCCGUCGUCCUAUCUGGCCUCCUGUGUCAGUCCCAUCUUGCGCUUUCGGAAGAUCCGCCAUUACCUCCGUGGUACCCCCUCAAACCUUGGGAAAUCUCCUCAUUCCAGUACCGUAGCCCCCGUGUCGGCCCAUACGGCACCAAUGCCACGAGCCUGAAUAUCACCAUCUCAAAUCCUAGCAGGAUACCAGCGGGACCUGCACCACACGCCUCGGGAGGUGGUUAUGUUGUUUUCGACAACAGCACGGCACAGUGUUCAGUGCACUGGAAAUUCGACGAUAGGACGCCGUACGGACAUACUAAGGACACUUGCUCCGCUCCAACGUCCGGUGCGACGACGCCUAACUGGAAUAUAACGAUUAAUGAGAUUCAACCCGGCUAUUACAUGGAUUACUCUUUUUCGCUAGCGUAUCAUCUAUACGCGUAUGGGAACGAUUUUUACAAGUUGUUAUCGGGACAUAUCCGCCUUCAGCCCGAAGAAGACUUGGAGGGCGGAUGCGAUGAGAAUGAUAUCUGCUCGUAUACUUUGAAGGAUGGAAGUACCCCGCUUUUGAUACAACCAGUAUUGGAGGAAUGCAGAUAUGCUUGUGGAUAGAGAGUCUGCUUUAUAGAUUUAUCGAGAAGUAAAUUUCAAGAUGUCCUGAGAAGGAAUCAUCUAACC